UGCGGUGCUGACGUGCAUUGGUCCCUCACGUGACUCCUGGAAUGUUAACAAUGCAGUAAGUGUCCAACUUUGUACUGCGUUCUAAUUCUGCCUGGAGUUAGGAGAAAAUGGAGUCUCUUCUCAUGAUAUUUACUCGGGCCUACCGUUAAGAAAAAGUUCGAUACACUGUCGAAUGUAUUUUGAAACAAAGCAUUGGAUUAAAAUGAUUCCGAAAAGGUUAUUUGAUUGUAUAAUUUUCUUUUGGAUUUAAACUGAAUGAUACAUCUAUCACAUGGCGCAGAUGGGAGCAAGAAUGGUUUGGGGCAAGGGCACCCUUGUGACCCCUCACAUGACUUGGAAUAAGGAAGAAUGUGACCCCUAAAACACUCGAACAUGGGAUGCCAGUAGGAUUCUUGUCAGCAGGAGCCAGCCACACAAAGACAAACAGAAAACAACAAGAAACCUAAACUAAGGCAGAAAGAGGCGGAAUAGCAAUCUCUCCACAGAUCUCGACCCCUGGGAGGCACCGUCUAUUUAGAUUACAGUGCUACAGAGCAAGCUUAGGUGCGUGUGUGUGUGUGUGUGUGUGUGCGCGUGCGUGCGUGCGUGUGUGUGCGUGAGUGAGUCUGUCAGUUGUGUGUGUUUGUGUGAGAGUGCUUGUUCCUUAGAAUAGAUCCAAAAAACAGGUGAGCAUUAUGAGGCCCAAGACGUUCCCCACGGCUCCGUAUGUGGGCAACACGCGCCAGCGCCUCCAGGAGAUCAAGGAGGGCCUGAAGCAACCCGCCAAACUUGUAAGCCAGGCCCUCCACGGGGGCGGCUCCCGGGGCGAGGGGGGGCGUGGGGCUGAAGGCAAGGGCAAAGACCCCGGCAGUCGCCAGCAGCAGCUCAGGUCCCCGCAGAAAUUCAACAAUUACCAGAAUGCUCUGAGGGAGAUCCGCAAGUCCCUCAUGCCCUUUGCCAACGAGUCUGGCACCUCCUCUGGCUCCGCCCACUCCGCUGGAGAUGUCAACCGACAAAUGCUGCAGGACUUGGUCAACGCUGGCUGUGACCAGGAAAUGGCAGUGCGGGCUCUGAAGCAGACGGGCAGCAGGAACAUUGAGGCUGCUCUGGAGUACAUCAGUAAGAUGGGAUACCUGGACCCCCGCAACGAACUUAUCGUCCGGGUCAUCAAACAGACCUCGCCAGGCAAAGGAGGCGUUCCUAACUCCAUGGACCACCGACCGUCGCUAGAAGGAACGAGUGAGGGCGGCAUGCCUCCCUACCACCAAAUGGGGGCGCCGAUGUAUGAAGGUGCCGGUUAUGGGCCUGAAGCCACCUACAUGGGCGCCCCCCCUGUCAUGAACUAUAUGAUGCCCCCCUCUGGUGCAGCACAGGGCCCUGCCAUGGGAAACCCGAUGGGACGUCCAUCCAGCAUGGGAGCCUACCCUUCGGCCAUGGCAGCCCAGGGCAAUCCAGGGAACCCCAUGUACCCCCCAGGGGCCCCUCAGAAGGCCUACCCAGCCAGCAUGGAACAGGCCAUGAUGGCCUACAGUGUGCCUGGAAAGCCCCUCCAGCUCCAGCCCCAGGCACCGGGAGGCCCCGUCCCCGGGACCCACUACGAUUAUGGCCAUGGCCGGCCACACAUGAUGGAGCCCUCAGGCUACGGUGUACAAAGGAGCGCCUCCUUCCAGAGCAAGAUGCCACAGCUGGCACCCGACAACUACGUCAACAUGCAGACGAAAGGGGCCAUGGGCCAGAACGGGGGAGGGUACCCCCCUAACCUGUACCUGACGACCCAUUCCCACCCCCGGCAGUCCAGCCCCACCUCACACCAAGUCCACAUGAUGUCCCGCUCGCCCGGUGGAGCCGCUGCCGCCGCCUCCAUGGGUCCAGACUUCUCGGACAUCCCCCAAGGCCUCCUCACGCCCUCCAGAGCCAGCCUCAACCUGGAUCUAUACGAGCAGCACCAGCACCACUGGGCCGGUCCUCAGGGGCCUGAUGGAGCGGCACCAGCCAGGCAGCCCCAACCUCAAGGGCCCUUCCGUGGUGAGGUGCGGGUCCCCAGCAGGACCAACUCCUUCAACAAUCGCUCAGCUCCCCCCAGCAGCAUCCGGCCCACCCUGGCCACCCCAGCUCCUGGCAAGCAAGACCCGUCACUGGGUCCACCGAACACCAUCACGGCGGUGACAUCGCCCCCCAUCCAGCAGCCAGUGAAGAGCAUCCGGGUGAUGAGGCCAGAGCCGAAGACGGCUGUGGGGCCGUGUCACCCUGGCUGGUUGGCUGCCCAAGAGGCUUCAGAGUCCCUCGCCUAUAUGCCUGAAGAGGGCUACACUCUGGAGCCUGCCGCCCAGGAGCCCCGCUGUCCACCACCUCCGUACCCCAAAACCCUGCUCAUAACUGGGACUGCUUCAGAGGCAAGUCCCAUGGAGAUAUCAGCGGGAGCUAUAUGUGGAGCCGCAGACCUCAACACCCCUGCUAGGCAACAUGGUGGAAGUGGAGGGGGAAAGGCAGAGGAGAACCAGAGCCAGGUGAAAGAGAAGGCCAAGUCUGGUAAAGGAGAGAAGGCAGUGAAGGACAAGAAGCAGAUCCAGACCUCGCCGGUUCCGGUGAGGAAGAACGGGCGUGAUGAGGAGAAAAGGGAGUCGCGCAUUAAGAGCUACUCACCAUUCGCUUUCAAGUUCUACAUGGAGCAGCAUGUGGAGAAUGUGAUGAAGACCUACCAGCAGAGACUUAACCGCAGGCUACAGCUGGAGCAGGAGAUGUCCAAGGCUGGUCUAUCAGAGGCUGAACAGGAGCAGAUGAGGAAAAUGCUGAACCAGAAGGAGUCCAACUACAACCGACUGCGCCGUGCCAAGAUGGACAAGGCCAUGUUUGUUAAGAUCAAAACGCUGGGCAUCGGGGCUUUCGGCGAGGUGUGUCUGACCCGCAAGGUGGACACGGGGGCCUUGUAUGCCAUGAAGACCCUGCGCAAGAAGGACGUGCUCAACCGCAACCAGGUGGCCCAUGUGAAGGCUGAGCGCGACAUCCUGGCAGAGGCAGACAACGAGUGGGUGGUGCGUCUGUACUACUCGUUCCAGGACCGUGACAGCCUCUACUUCGUCAUGGACUACAUCCCUGGAGGGGACAUGAUGAGCCUCCUGAUCCGCAUGGGCGUCUUUCCCGAGCCGCUUGCACGUUUCUACGUGGCCGAGCUGACCCUGGCCAUUGAGAGCGUCCACAAGAUGGGCUUCAUCCACCGCGACAUCAAGCCGGACAACAUCCUCAUCGACCUGGACGGACACAUCAAGUUGACCGACUUCGGACUCUGCACCGGCUUCCGCUGGACUCAUAACUCCAAGUAUUAUCAGAAAGGGAGUCACGUCAGGCAGGACAGCAUGGAGCCCAGUGACUUCUGGGACGACGUGUCCAACUGUCGCUGUGGCGACCGGCUUCAGACCCUGGAGCAGCGCGCGACACGGCAACACCAGCGCUGCCUGGCGCACUCCCUGGUGGGCACUCCCAACUACAUCGCCCCCGAGGUGCUGCUGCGUAAAGGGUACACCCAGUUGUGUGACUGGUGGAGUGUUGGAGUGAUCCUCUUUGAAAUGCUGGUGGGACAGCCACCCUUCCUGGCACCCACACCCACCGAGACCCAGAUAAAGGUGAUAAACUGGGAGAGCACGCUGCAGGUGCCACCACAGGUCAAGCUCAGCCCCGAGGCUGUCGACAUAAUCGGACGCCUCUGCUGCUCUCCAGAGGAGCGUCUUGGGAGCAACGGCGCCGGCGAGAUCAAGACUCACCCCUUCUUCAACCUAAUGGACUUUUCCAGCAACCUGCGCACCCAGCCCGCCCCCUAUCGGCCCAAGAUUGCCCACCCCAUGGACACGUCCAACUUUGACCCAGUGGAGGAGGAGGGGGGUCCUGGUGCGUGGAGUGACAGUGGGGACAGCAUGCGGGCCUGGGAGGCCCUCUGCACCCCACAUGGGAAACACCCAGAGCACGCCUUCUAUGAGUUCACCUUCCGCAGGUUCUUUGACGACAAUGGAUGCCCAUUCCGCUACCCCAAGCCCCCUGAGAUGAGCCACAGCCAGGGGCCUCCAAGCAGCAGUGGAACCAGAAGCAUGAGUCCCGAGGAGGAAGAGAAUGAAGAAGAGGAAGAGGAGGAGGAGGAAGAGCACGGAGAGGGCUGUGAGCCCGUGUACGUGUAGAAGUGCCCAGGCUGUUGGCUUUUUGAAACACAGCCUGUCUGUUUCUCUCUAUCCAACAGAGCACCUGGCUGCCAGCCUCUCUUGUACCACUGCUCUUCUUGGAAGUGUGAACUUGUUUUUGUGUGUGAAUGUGUGUAUACGAAUGCCUCUCUGUAUGUGUGUGUCUGUGAGUUGUGUGUGUGUGUGUGCGUGCGUGUCUGUGGGUUGAGAUAUUCGGAACAGCAUGACCUGACAUCUGUUUAACAAUUCAGACACUACUGUGUGGAAUCUCCAGUGUGAGCAGAGAGACUACAAUAAGAACCCCUGAUCUGGGACCAACAAACAACCAACAGUACAAGGGCUAGUGAUGGGGAUGGUGAUGCCAGAGGACUGUUCUGGAAAUGGACUAAUCAGAACAGGAACAGAUUUUCUAUGAAAGUCUCCGCUGUGCUGUGAAGGUUUACAAAAGUGUUCAGAGUUUGAAGCUGGGCUUGUGACUGUGUGUGGUCCUAGUGGUUUUAGAGCUCUAUCCCAUUCCUCUUGCCUUGCCUGGUUUUACAGAGAUCACUUCUCCCCGGUAGACCUUAUCCCAGGAAGUAAACAUGAACACUUCCUCUUCUACUUGACUCUCAUUUUCUGUAAUGUUGGGACGAAAAGCAAGAUGUGCUUCGGAGACUGAGCUGAACGUUAAGGUUGGACUGGACUGAACUGACUGGCGGUAGAGGGGAAGAAUCAAAAUCCAACACUUCUCCCACAGCUGUGACAAAAUAAGCUACACAAAUCUAGGAGGAAGUAAUGGGAUGUCCUUUGUAGCUAACUACCGCAUGUCCUAUAAAACCAUUGGGUAAUCUUUAGCAUUGCCCUCAAUGUUAUUUGGAUGUUUUCCAAAGGUAGCGUUUGCCAGUACAUGGUCAACUACCUGUGUGUUCUGACUUCCGAUUCACACCGUUUUUCUUUCCAAAUAGGAGAUGAGGAAUAACAUAAUCUUGGUCGAAGUGCCUUCCUUUUGUCAAAGUGCCAGCGGCUACAUUUUUAAUUGAGUCAAUCAGUUCCCUUUUUUAAAUAUGAUUGCUACGUUUGGGUUGAGAUCAUUUCUGCAACAGUUCUGAGGAGGUGGACUGAAAUGUGUUAUUGGUUCUUUGUUACAGAUAUGGCCCUUACGAUUGCAUAGAAGUUUGCAAAGCAGUCAAGCCUAUCCAUGUCUCCACACAACACAUAUACAGUACAUACAGUCAAGGGCGUAGGUUUGUGUUUCAUAUUGGGGGGUCAGGGUAUGUUUCCUGGGAUUGUCUGUAUUAUCCGGUGGGUUCAAAUUGGGCGUGGGGGGGGGGGUCUUGAUAUCCCUGUCCCCACUAAAUCUACACCCCUGCAUACAGUGCUCCCUCCAACAGUGUCAUGUACAGUGACUUUACUAUUGCCAAGAGCAGUGCAUUUUUGCCACCAUGAUAUUGCAAAGAUCUAUUUGCUGGUGGAUCACCUGCACACACACACACACGCACGCACACACACACACACACACACAGGCAUGCACAUACACACAGUAUUAUACAGUUAACUCAUCUGUGAUAGUAUGACUAUGUGCAAUACAGAAAAUACAUAAAUAUAGUUUUCUAAAGACCUACAAUUCUCCCUUUGACCUUUUAAUACUGAAACACACUAUGUACAAAUAUAUAUUAUAUUGGUUUAUAUGUUUUCCAUUUAAUUACAUGACCCUAUGCUGCUUAUUAUUGUGAUUAAUAUUAUUAUUUACAUUUUUAUCGUUGUUUCACGUAUACAUGCUUAUUUUCCUUUGUGCAAAAAAAGUGUGGGUUUGAUUGCUAGUAUGUUUGGUUUGGAAAGUGACGAACUGUGUGCCUUCUAGAUGAAUGUUGGUGUGUAUCUAUCCACCACGACAAUGAUGAUGAUGAUGAUUAUCAGGGUUUGUGUGGAAUAUUGACAGCAUCCUUUCUACUCUCUCUGCAACCAGGCUGGACCUGAGUGUGGGGGAAGAGGGGGAAAAGAGAGAGACCGACCAACAGAGAAAGAUGUGUUUCAGGUGCAAAAGAAAAGCAAAGCAGGAUCGGUUAUAUUAUGUAAAAUGUAUGAAUGAAUAGCUUUUUCUAUAUUACAAGACCAGGUAUGGCAAAUGACAAAGACUUAUGUAUUAUUAGUACAUUUUAAUACAUCCUAAAAACCACAAGUUAAUUUGACUCUUUGAUAUUAUGCUUGUGUGACAGAAUGGUGUUGUGUUAUGCAGUGGAGCAGUUCUCUAAGAAAUGCUUUAUUUUCUCAUAUUUCUGAACUAUAUGCUUAUUGACAAUCAGCCGUUGUCUGCAAUCAGUCUUUUAUCUUCACGUUAAUAGCUGUUCCACAGUAUUCUAUACUACUGACUGGGAUGGGUUCUACCUUAUGUUAGUUCACAUACAGUCUGAUUGCAUCCAUAUCUCAAAAAAGAAAAAUAACCUAAUGAUAGGGGCAUAAUGACAAUUGUUGUUAAACGUCAAAAAAAAAAUUUUGCUUUCCUGCAUGACAAAAUCAAAUGAAUUGGAACGUCAUUUUUAAAUGCCUCCUUGUAUAACGGACUGGGCCUCAAAUUCACCUAAUUUGAUCGUCGUUGUAAACACAAGUGGGAUUGCCCAUCCACAUUCACCAGGAUGGACUACUCAGUGAAAAAUAGCUUUAUAAAGAAAGUCAGUUUUGUGGUGUGUGUGAGUGUUUUUUGCGUGUGAUGCGUGCCCUUGAUGUGUUCCCUGCAUCAGAGUUUUCAAAGUGAUGACUGACAAUCUUUGACUGAUUUGAGAUCUUAAAUAGUGACUCACCAUACAAACUUCUUACUUGUACCUUCUUUGUAUUUUUACUCUUGGGGAUUUUCUCAUGCCUUUGAAUCCUCCUCAAUGUAUAAUACAGUUCUGUUACUCUUGAAUAUAUAUUUAUACAGAUAUACAUAUUUUUUGUAUCUUUAUUCUUUUUUCAAUUCCUCUGAGCUAACGUUCAAACCUCUUUGUCUACAGUAUUACAGACGGCAUAAUAUGGACAAACAUAUAUAUCUUCUUUUUUACAUUUGUGUGUAAAAGAAUUUGUACAAAUGCUGUCACUGUCCUUACAUGUAAAAUAUAUGUAUAAAUUAAAUUAACCAACUUUGA